UGGUGAUGGCGGCGGCGUCCGGCUCAGUUCGCCUGCAGCGUUGCGUGGUGUCGCCGGCUGGGAGGCAUACCGCCUCACUCAUCUUCCUGCAUGGCUCAGGUGAUUCUGGACAAGGACUGAGAACGUGGAUCAAGGAGGUUUUAAAUCAAGAUUUAACAUUCCAACACAUAAAAGUUAUUUAUCCAACAGCUCUUCCCAGGCCAUACACGCCCAUGAAGGGAGGAAUUUCCAAUGUAUGGUUUGACAGAUUUAAAAUAUCAAAUGACUGCCCAGAACACCUCGAGUCGAUUGAUGGAAUGUGCCAGGUGCUUACUGAUUUGAUUGGUGAUGAGGUGAAAGGUGGCAUCCAAAAGAACAGGAUAUUACUGGGAGGAUUUUCGAUGGGAGGAUGCAUGGCGAUGCAUUUAGCAUACAGAAAACAUAGAGAUGUGGCAGGAGUAUUUGCUCUUUCAAGUUUUCUGAAUAAAGCAUCUGCUGUUUACCAGGCUCUUCAGAAAAGUGAUGGUGUACUUCCAGAGUUGUUUCAGUGCCAUGGCACUGCUGAUGAAUUAGUUCUUCAUUCCUGGGGGGAAGAGACAAACUCAACAUUAAAAUUUCUGGGAGUGAGCACAAGGUUUCAUAGUCUUCCAGAUGUUUACCAUGAGCUGAGCAAAACUGAGCUAGAAAAACUGAAGACAUGGAUUCUUACAAAGCUACCAGAAGAAUGAGAAAGCAAAGUGAAUGAAUCAUGAUUCAUUUGUUGAUACACAUGUAAUGUAUUGUUGAAAGUGAUUUUUACUGUCAAAUUAAAAUGAUAAAUAAAAUAUUAA